GUGUUUUAACUUCACCCAGCGGUGAUUGAGGGAACAGCGCCGCUGUCAUUCGGUGGCGCAAAUUACAACGCAGUGGGAACCCGAUUUGAAUUUAGGAUUGUGUGUGUGUUUAUAUUUAUAUAUACAUAUACAUAUAUAUAUAUAUAUAUAUAUAUAUACACACACAUACAUUCGUGUGUGUGUAUAUAUACAUAUAUAUAAAAAAAUAUAUAUGUGUAUCGUCGUCGAGUUUAAAGAACGUUGUAAUUAUUCUUGUAAAUUUAAAUUUAAAUAGAUAUUAGUGUGUCAUAUAUAUACAUAUAUAAUAUAUAUAUAGAUAUAUAUAUAAACAUACCUACUUGUAUAUAGACAGAUUAUAUAUUUAUAUAUAUAUAUAUAUAUAUAUAUAUAUAUAUUUGUUGUAAUUAAUCUUCUUUAUAUAUAUUUAUACUUGUAUAUACACACAUAUUUACACGCACAUAAUACAUGUAUGUAUAUAUUUGAUAGUGGUGUGUUUAGGUAUAGAUUUCAAGUGGAGACGAACGAAAGAAGGUACCAAGAAAGCUGUUGAGGUUGUAUCAAACCAAUCAAAAUGAGCCUGUUUGAGAAUGUGAAGCGGCUCUAUGACUGUGAGCUCUACAGUGAUUUGAAACAGCUGGCUUGUUUAGUGUUAACCAUGUCUGAUCAGAACUCAGACCUCCUGACAUUAGCCCAAAAAUACCAGUGCACUGUCUACUACGCACAUUCCCUCUACCAACUGCGAGAGUUUCGGAAAGCUGAGAGUUUGUACAGAAAAGCGCUCCUUCUCAAAAAAGUCAUAAACAAGACAAAAGGCAAGAACAUUUCACAUGUUGAAAUCACCUCAGAAGUUGAGGUUAAGUACAAGAUCCACCUGUGUCACUGCCAGUUAAAACAGUACAAAGAAGCUAUCAAUGUGCUGGAAGGUGUCAUAGCAAAGAAGAGAAAUGCCAAAAUCAACCUGGCCCUCGCCCACCUCUACAAACAGUCCAAUAUGGACCGUCCUGCUAUAACCUGUUUCAAAGAAGUCAUCAGGGAAUGUCCCCUUGCAGUUGAAGCCCUUAUGGGUCUCUUAUCAUUGGGUGUGAAGUGUGCAGAGGUGAUUGGACUAGUUCUCAGCAGCUUACCCCAUGGAGCAAACUACGAUUGGUUAACAAUGUGGAUCAAGGCCCAUGCUCUGGUGGUUGCACAGGAGUACACAAGUGCCAUCUCAACAUUUAAGGCCCUAGACUGCAAGCCUUACCUGAAAAAUAAUGUCCGACUUCUUUUCUCCUUGGGCGAGGCCCACUUCCUCAACGGUGACUACACACAAGCUAUGCAACUCUUCCAAAAGGCUCACCUUACUGACCGUCUCAACGUGAAAAACAUGGACACUUUGGCCUACCUUUACCUGAAAGAGAAAAAGAUGACAGAACUGGAAAGUUUAGCAAACCAUGUGAUGGAUGGCAACGAACACAUCCCUGAGCCAUGGGUAGUCAUUGGCUACUACUGUAUGGCCAACAGGAAGGUGGUAAAGGCUGUGCCGAAGGCAGUUUACUUUGCUCAGAAGGCAUACACUAUUGAUAACCGAAACAUUGAAGCUUUGCUCUUAAAGGGUUUUGCAUUGCUUGAGCUAAAGAAGAUGCAAGAUGCUGCAUCACAUUUUAGGGAAGCCAUCACGCUGGCCCCAUACAGAUUUGAAGCGCACAAAGGUUUAAUUGACUGUUAUAUGGCCAGCCACCGACCCAGAGAGGCGAUCAAUUUAGCUGGGAAAGCAGUGAGACAGUUGGGUAACAAUGCAAGAUCUUUGACACUCUAUGCCUCUGUACUGUCUGAAGAACCUACAACAGCAAUAAAGGCCAAACAAUAUGUCGAGAAAGCAAUGAAACUGGACAGUUCAUAUUUGGAGGCUGUGUAUGUGAUGACUGUGAUACUGGGCAAGGAACAGCAGUACGACAAGGCUAUUGAACUACUUCGCAAGACCCUGGUCCACCACAACACCUGCCAUCUCCAUCAAAUGCUCGGGGACUUCCUGUCACAGACCAACGAAGCACUGGAGGCUGUCAAUCACUACAGUAUAGCCCUCAGGAUGGACCCAGCCAAUUUACCUGCAAAGGAGGGCAUCCAAAGAAUUGAGAAACAAACAGACAAUGGCCUGGAAGGUUCAUACGACAUGGAGGUUGAAGAUAUGGAAGGCAGUGACAAUGACGUCAACAAUCCCCUGGGAGACCUAGAAGGCAGUGACGUCGAAAGCAACUGGUCGGAGACUGACUUCAGCUAGCAAACCAGGAAGCACUUCAUGUGUUCCACCACCACCCCUGACCUUCAGUCCCCCACAACCCCAUUUACUCCCUGGGAUAUUAGUUUUAAGAGAGAAGCAAUACAGAUCAUCUCUUAUCUGCACACACACAUACACUUUCUCCCUCUCACCAGCCAUUAACUUUUGUUCUUUGUCUUCUCAUGCAACAUUGCACUGCCACAACAACACAAUUACUACCACCACAACACUGUCAGAUGACACUACUACACUUCAAUACAAUUCUCUUAUUACU